AUGGACGCUUCUAAUUCCCAUCGCUCGAGCUACAAAGGUUACCCGUAUCUUACCAAAGGGGAGUUUGCCGAGGUAUGCCAUUAUCUGGAUCGAAGAUACCGCCGUGCUACAUUAGGUCCCUUGCGUAAAGACUGGCGUCUUCAUGUCCACACAGCAUUGGAAUUGGCAUUUGAGCCUGGCUCAGGGCGUACUACUUUCCUACAGAUUACACGACCUUUAGAGAACAGGACAGCAGCCGAGGACGAGCUGGCCGCCAAGAUGGGCGGUGUUUCCUUGGGCGAAGAACAAGAAAUGCAACUAGAUGCUGAUGAUAUGAUGAUUAAGAUGGAAGAAUUAGACAAGGAGGUUGUUCCUAAACGACCAUCUCGGCCACAUUUCCAAGCAGGCCACGUCAUUUAUGAGAUCCAUUAUCACCCGACAUAUCGAUCACCCUGUCUCUGGUUCAGUCUACAUGGCCUACCGGGCGAAGAGUCACCAGUUGAUAUCGAAUCUGUUUUCCGUUACUUAGUUCCUGAACAGCUCAGAGAUUCUCUCCGAUACGUCGGCCCCAUAGGUGCCAUCUCAAUCGAUCACCACCCUAUUACCGGACUUCCUUCGUUCUUCGUUCAUCCGUGUGCCAUCGGAGAGGCCAUGGCUGGGUUUGACUGCGCCAAGCAAGACUAUCUCAUGGUAUGGAUCGGCCUGGUCGGAGGGCACUUUGACACUAGCAGGUCUUCAUUCAUCAUCGCUAUCCUCCUCCAUUGCCACAUCUUCGUCGCUGUCUUCCUCCUCCUCUUCAUCGCGAGUUCGUUUUUGUCCGCGGGCAUCAAGACCGCCGGCAUCCGUCAUCGCAUGGUCGGAGCUCUGAGGAGGCUUCGCAGGAAGACCAAAGAUUUACAUACAAGUUCCAGUCCCAAGAGUUUGAAACCCUGUAAAGACCUUAGUGCUUGA